UUGAAUGAGUUGAAGUCAUGCAUCGAUUCACAUGAACCAGCUAGCUUGUCUUACCAAGCUCCACGCAGUCGAACAGGCCAAAGAGGGAGACCAUCUAUUAAUGUCACCAGAGCUCAGAUACAAGUGCUCCAAAGACAGGGUUUUACCAUUAAAGCAAUGGCCAGGAACAUGGGUUGUUCAUCCUCCUAUCUGUACAAAAAAUCCAUAUUGUUGGGUAUAUCUUUGCGUCAUCGAUUCAGAACUAUUGGCGAUGAUGAGCUUGAGCAACACAUAAGCAGACUACACCAACAGUGUCCACAAUCAGGCAUAACGAUGAUGCAGGGAUACCUUCGGGCUGAGGGGAUAACGGUUCAAAGAAGACGGGUUCGUGAGAUGCUGACCAGGGUGGACCCAGCUGCAGCAGCCCAGAGGUGGAGCAACGUUGUUGCAAGACGCAGUUAUCAUGUGCCAUUUCCAAACAGUUUAUGGCACAUAGAUGGCCACAUGCGUCUCAUACGAUGGGGGUUUGUGACCCACGCUGGAAUUGAUGGUCGUUCUCGUGUGAUCACGUUCCUGAGAUGCAGUACAAACAACACUGCUACAACUGUGCUUUCACAUUUUGUCAGAGCCACUUGUCAAUAUGGAGUCCCAUCAAGAGUGAGGUCAGAUUGUGGAGGUGAAAACACUUUGGUUGCACUGCUAAUGACUUUGUUAAAUGGACAGGGUCGUGGUAGCCACAUCACUGGCAGAUCGGUUCAUAACCAGCGGGUUGAACGUCAUUGGAGAGAUGUGUUCAUCCAGGUCAUCCACAGUUUCUACAAUCUCUUUUACUCUUUUGAGGAAGACCUAAUUUUGGAUCCAAAUGACCACAUCCAUAGGUUUUCACUGCACAAGACAUACCUGCCUGAAAUCCAAAAUAGAUUGGAUUGUUUCAGAGUUGCAUGGAACAGUCACAGUCUACGCACAGAGCACAACUGCACACCCAAUCAAAUCUGGAUGGAUGGCAUGCUUGGAAACAUUCACCAAAAUGCCACAGCUGUGCAGAGAGUCUUUGGGGAGGAUCCGUACACAGAGGAAAGCUUGGAAACGAUGUUGGGAAGACAUGAUAUUCAGCUACCUCGGUUGCAAGCUGAAGCUGAUAAUGAUGACCUAGACCGGGCUGUCAUCGUAGAACCACCUCCGGUUGCUCUGACGCCUGAACAAGAGCAGGCUCUUCAGGAUGCCUUGACGGGGAUCACAGAUUUAAAACCGAGGUAUCAAAGCUGCUGUAGAGUUUUGAGUGAAUUUGGCAUUGGACAGUGA